GUCACAUGAGCAUGUCAUCAACGUGUUGUUCUUCCUGGAUAGCUAAGGACUGUGAGUGGAUGGAGCUUUCAAUGAUACUUUGUAUGAAUUAAGAGAGUAGUCUCCAAUGGAGCAAGAGAGCAGAGAAGAGGAACAGGCCUCAACCUCGCAAAAUAACCCUCCACAGAUCGGCAGCCACAGAGAAUUAAUUGCUCCGGAGGACCUAGUCUUUGUGGAUAAGCAGGCUGUUGAGAAGUUAAGUGAUGGACUGAUCUCUCAUUACUUACCCGACCUACAGAACUCGAAGCGGGCCCUUCAGGAAUUGACACAAAAUCAGGGUAUACUGCUUGAUACACUGGAGCAAGAAAUAACUAAAUUCAGAGAGUGCAAUUCACUGCUUGAUAUAAAUUCACUGUUUACAGAGGCCAAGGUGUAUCAUACUAAACUGGUAAACAUACGGAAAGAAAUGAUAAUGCUUCAUGAAAAAACAACAAAACUGAAGAAAAGGGCUUUAAAACUUCAACAGCAAAGACAAAAAGAAGCCCUGGAAAAAGAGCAGCAACGAGAGAAGGAGCUUGAAAGAGAGAGGCAGCUUAUCGCAAAACCAGCCAAAAGGACAUAGGCCCACCCUGUGGCAGCUGUGGUAACACUGUCAUCCAUAUUGGUGGUACACAUCCCAACAGACUGCCAAGGAACUGCCUGUAGUGUCAAAACUGGUGAUGUGAUUACACUUAGCAACGUGGGAAGAAGAGCACCACCAUUGUCCUAACUUGAGAGUGUUCUUAUAUACAAGCCUAAAACCAGUGUUUUGGUGACUGACUGGGUGGGGUGUUAAAAUGUAUGGAAAUUUCCUUCAUGAUGUCUUACUUUUCUUUCAUUGUGAACAUCUGAAGUGAGAUGUCACUGCACCCUAAUGAAACUGUAGCCUUAGAAGUCCUUUUCAUUUUUCAUUAACAAAAAGUAUAAAAGUUCUGUUUACGAAACCAAGGUAAGUGCCAUAGAUGUGAUAUUUUAGCAUUUUCUACAGUGCCAGAUAUGAAGCACAUUGUAAUAUCAGUUAUUUGUUGAUGGUAUUUCUUUUCACUCACAUGUUCCUUUAACUUCUUUUAAAAUAUUGACCUCAAUGAUCUGUGGUUGAAGCUUAGAACAGCCAAGUCCUUGAAUGAAUCUCUAAUUACCACCAGAACCAGUGGUAUUUUAACACCUGUGGUUUUAUUUCAACCCAUGUUAUAGCAAAAGAUCACUGGCACUUCAGCACAAGAUACUUUUCAAUGGAAAGUAUUUGAAGAAACUGAGAAACUGUUUAAAAUUAUUCCAGGGUUACCCUUUGUUGUACAAAUGUUACGAUUUAUGUCCAGAAUGUACUAAUUGUAUGAUCUGUUAUCGAGAAUUUUAGUGGGUCCCAUAUUUUAUGAUUGAAUAG